AUGAAUCGAAGCAAAGAAAUUAGUUCUCCAAACCAUGUCGCUCUGUUAUGUAAAGGCCAAAAUGAUUUUCCCAGAUUUGUUCGGAAUAUUACGGCUGAUCAGAUCAGUGUGCAGAUUCUGAGUGGUAAAGGAGAAUUAAAGAACAUCGAGUUAAACGAAAUUGUGUUAAGUGAAGUCGGUUUUUUCUUUGGGGUACUUGAAUUACCAACAUGGUUACAAAUUAAGCGAGCAGUUUGCAACAGAAUAGCUGUCAGUGUUCCCUGGACGAAGUUAAAAUCACAACCAGUUAAACUAUUCAUUGAUGAAGUGCAGGUACAAGUCGAACUUAGUUCAGAAGUAGUUGUUGGCUAUGGCUCAAAUCCUUUGAGUGCCUUCGGAGAUUCAACAUAUGGAUUUGCUAAUCGAGUUGCAGAAGGGAUGUCACUUUACGUUAAUUCCGUGGAGAUUAAUUUUGAUUCUGGUGUUUUUCGAGGUUCGCUGACGCUCUCGAGAUUGGCGGUUGAAAGCAAAAGUCCUGGCUGGCAGACAGUCAAUGAUUUGCGAUAUACUCGAAUUGUAGAUACGAACACUGACAAAUUGCUUAUGUUUAAAAUGGUUACAUGGCAAUUAUUACGUAUCGAAGUGUCCGCGAAAGCUGAUUCAUUACAAAAUGCAACAAAUGCGCCGUUAAGAUUAAUCACCAGCAAUGGAAAGACUAGAAUCAGUGUGAAAAAGUCCACUACUGGUAUGAGUUUAUUAAAGUUAGAACCACAAGAUGGUAGCGUUCUUGGUGGUCGUAUACAGGUAAUAUUAGACCAUAUUUUAUGGAUUGCUACUUUGCCACAAGUACGGUCUACCAUCAAAUUUUAUGAUCACAUCAUGAAUAUUAUUAAAACAGCUCCCAAGAAACUGCCGAAAAUAUACCACACGCAGCGUGCCGAAACAAAAAUGCCAAUGAUCAUGAAACCGCGUACUUCAAUUUCGGUUUCAACUUUAUUUCGCAGUUUCGAUGUUGAGCGAACGUCAUAUCAUGUUUAUGUUAGCAAAAUUGAUCUUCAUCUCUGUGAUGAUGAUCGGACUUCAGAGAAUUAUCCUAGAGAUUGGGACAUUCUUUGUGGUGCACUGCAAGUAACUCUAAUCCGAUUGUCCGUUGAUUUUUAUCCAGCUAAUAACGCUCUAUCUGAUCGCAGUGACUGGAUUCGAUAUGAUAAUACAAAUCAUUGUGCUACUUGGAUCCAUAAAGUAUUGCACUUCCACUUGCGAAACGUUUGCAGUGAAUUAGAUGCCGAUGCACAAUGUCAAAUAGUUGAUAUGUGGCCAAAUUUAAUGUCUCAAAAUUGCGUAAUACGAAUGUCUGAUAUUAUUGUCCAGUGUGUGACAGAUACUAAUUCUACAAAAGAAGCACUUUUCAAUCUGUUCAUGUCAGAUCGUAAAUCAAAUACUGCUACGGAAAGCAAUAGUCCUCUUUUCCAUCUCGAAUUUACUGCUUUCUACCAUCCGAUAUUUGAAAAUUUCCCAGUGCCUCCAAACAUCACACAUCUUUUACUUGGUCCAUUCUUUUUCGUGUUCGAUCAAAGAACGAUUCGAUGGAUCUUAUUCGUAAUCAAUGACAUUAAAAAUGCUUUGCAAAUCUCGAAUGCAAUGCUUGAAGUCACAAAAAUAACCAAAACCUAUCUACGCCUCGAUCUGCUUAUGCCCAAGAUAAUAAUACCGUUUGGAGAGCCGUUUAUAUCGGAUAAGCGUUUCGCACGUAGAAUUGUGAUAACCAUAAACACUUUGUUGGCUACCAAUUGCGAGGCAUUUUCCGGCAAUGAAUCAUAUUCGUUUUUCAAGUCGGUUCCAUGGAAUAUGGUUGAUUUCAUCGAUUGUGCUAACCUGCUAGUUGGUAAAGAACAAUUGAAAGAAUUCAUCUUGCAGUUGACUCAAAAUAUGUUUGGAGAAAUUGACCAAGCUGAGCGAAUUUGGAUAAAUACAUCAUCGGUUCAGAUAAAUACAGAUUUCGGAGAAGGAAGAUGGAGUAGGCUCUUGCUUGCUGAUGUUGCUUUACGUGCGCUUUUUGAUGUAAAACCAAGGAAGGUAAGCGUGGCACUGCAAACGCUGGAGAGAAUUCGGGUUGCGGUUGAUCAUUUUCAGUUUGUUCAAAUCAUGCGUUUGGUUUCUCGCAUAUCAGAUUUUGUGAAUCAACUUGUUAGUGACCAGAAAUUUUUCUCUGCUAAUCGUAACAAUGGAAAUGGUGCAACAGUUGAAAUAUUUUGCUUCUUUGAGGAGGGUGAAAUUAAUAUUAUACUGCCAAAUGAGCCAGUUCCAACUCCGUAUGAUCUUCAGGAAAAAGUGCUGCGAUCACCAAUAUCUUCGAAUGGCUAG